AUGGCAGAGGCCGUCAGAAAGAUCGAGCAGCGCAUCAAGGUGUCGGACAUGGUGAUAGAGGUUCGCGAUGCAAGGAUCCCCUUGACUUCAGAGUGUGCACGGAUACAGGAGUUGCUGGCCAGGAAGAGACGCGUGAUAGUCCUCAACAAGCAAGACCUGAUCUUGCCGUCCGAGCGUGAGAAAUGGCGAAAGUUCUUCACGGACAAGGGGGACACUGUGACCUUCACGCAAGCAGUCCAUGGGGCCAACAUCAAGGAGCUGAUGCCUUCGGAGCUGCAUGCUAGAGGAUUGAUAUCCCGGCUUGACCGAACGCUCCUGUGCAUGAUAGUCGGGAUUCCCAACACAGGGAAAUCCACUCUGAUCAACACGCUUAGGAACUUUGGCUACAAGGAUGGCAAGCAGAAGAGUCCGGGCAAAGUUGCCAACACAGGGGCGCUUCCAGGAGUGACUAAGCAUGUUUCCACCAUUCAGUUCCAUGUGAAACCUCCAUCCUUCCUGGUGGACACCCCCGGGAUAGUCAAGAUGGAUCUCGAUGUGAUCGACGGCCUGAAGCUUGCUCUCACUGGAGCGAUCAAAGACUCGCUCAUCGACCCCCUUAUUCUCGCCGAGUUUCUUAUACACAUGCUCUCCAUGCGCCAGUCAACCAACUACCUCACAGAAUUAUCGCUCCCGACUGAUUGCACUGACCUUGGUGAGAUCUUGACUGCCGUGGCCAAAUUCCUCAUCGCGAACUACAGAUCAGGCAAACUCUGCAAAUAUACCCUAGACAACACAGUGCCGGAAAGUAUCUAA